AUGAGAAGUGACAACCUCUCCCAAGCAGUGGAGGAGGUUCAUAAAAUAGGUAGGGCCAUAAAGCUCUAUAAAAUGCACCAAGGUGGUGGGUCCACCACCAAAAACAACUAUUCCCAGAGGCGCCCUGGGUCAUCAAACCAGCAUAAUCAUUCUCACGGGUUCAAGCUAUUCGGGCUGCAACAAGGGCAGGGAGCCCCUAUGGAUAUUGGUGCGAAAGACACAUGUCCAAAGACUGUAGAAAUGGGGCGCGGGCUACCCAACAACAAAAAUAACCAAGGGUGCCAAGCACGCCAAUUAGAAACAGAAAAGCCGGACGAUCAGCUCAACACUCUGGCUGGUCGUUCAUACGACAAAAUCCAGGCUUUCUUCUACGACUAG